AAAUAUCUUUACCGUUUUAUCUAUUUUUAAGUAGACUAGUAAUACUUAAGAAAAUUCUUUUAUCGUAUAGAACAAAUUAAGAUUUUUCAUUCUUGUUUAAAUUUGAAUGAGAUUUCUUCACAAUCUUUUUAAUACAAUUAUAUUUUGACAAUAAUUAUAUAGGAUCCAGAUGAAUUGUUUUAUUUAUGUGUAUAAUUAUUUAUAAAUAUUAAAUAAGGAAAAAUAUAUGUACAUUAAGGAAAUGAAUUCUCCAAGAUCACCACAUAAUAAUCUUAGUUCUGAAUUGAAGAAUAUUAUUACUCACAAAAAUGCACUGAGCAUGAAAUCACGUAUGAAAGUUUUAAAUGCUCUUAAUGAAGAUGACGUGAGAAAUAGAGCUGAAAGAGAAAAACGUUUGCGACUUCAAGCUAUACAAGAAAUUUUAACAACAGAGGUCACAUAUUUACAACAGUUGGAAAUAUUAAUGGAGUUUUUUUUACAACCAAUCAUUGAAAAGAAAUUGGUAAAUCAUAUAAUAUUAAAUACAUUGCUUGAAAAUAUAAAAACACUAUAUAACAUUAGUGGAGAAUUAAUUAAGGAAUUAAAACAAGAUACUGAAAACAUUUCUGGAGCAUUUUAUAAGCUUGCACCAUUUUUUAAGUUAUAUUCUGUUUAUGCAUACGAUUAUGAACAAGUGUCAACACUUUUACAGGUUACUCAAGAGAAGGAUCCUUCUUUUAAAAAUUUCAUAAGCAAACAAGAAACAAGACCAGAAGUUGGAAAAUCGUUGUUUUCAUUAUUAAUUACUCCGAUACAGAGAGUACCAAGAUAUAAAUUACUUUUGAAAGAAGUUCUACAACAUACUCCUAACAAGCACAAAGAGUAUAAUCUUUUACAAGCAUGUUUAGUAGAAGUUGAAAAAGCUGCAGUACAUAUUAAUAAUUUAGUUGCCGAGAAUGAAGAUAUUCAAAGAUUAUUGAUGCUUCAAAAGUGUAUUGUAAAUGGAGUUAAUUUAGUAAAGCCUGGAAGAAAAUUAAUUAAGCAAGGAACAUUAAUGAGAGUUUCAAGGAACGGCGAUACUGCUUAUAGAAGAUAUUUUGUACUUUUAAAUGAUACUUUAUUAUAUUGUAAGGGAAAACCAGAAAGUUCAUUGACUGUACGUUGUGUACUUCCCUUAAAUAAGUGUAAAGUAGAAAGUGUCUUAAGUGGUGGACUUUUUCGUGUUACAUGCUUAGAAGAAAUGCUCUUUUUAUAUUCAGAAAAUGGUGACAGCAACUCUUGGAUACAAUUAUUACAAAAAGCCAUUGAAAAGUAUACGGAAUGUAGACAAACUUUGAGGAAAGAUAGUAGUUCAAGGCAACCACUGAGACAUAAAAAUAUAAAUUUAUUUCCAUCUGAGGAUUUACAAGAAAGAUACAUCAAACGAAAAAGAACAAAAGAUACAAAAGAUGUUCAAUUGAAUCCAUCGAAUAUAAUGUAUUUUGAGAAGGAAAAUCAAGAAAAUGAAAUGGAAGAACAACAAGAGAAUUGUUUUCGAUUAAAUAGAAAAUUAAAGAGAUUUAAAAAUGAUAUUUCUGCAGGGAUUCCUAUGGACAAGGAUACAUCAGAAAUUUGCUUUAUGGAAAGUUCAGAUAUGUCAGUAUCGUAUUUGAACAAUUCAGAUUCUAUACAUUAUUUAUCAUUAGUAUUCAAAAAUAUUUGUGAAUUUUUUUCAUAUGUUAGCUCAUCCAUACAAAAUAUUUUUAGAUACAGAUAG